UCUACACAAUAACUUGUCAAAGAAGACCACGAGUUUCACACGUUGGUUUGUUUUCAUCACGUGUACAUCCAGGAAGAAUCCAAUAGGUCUUGGGAUAUUCCAUUAAUUGGGCAAACAUGGCGAAUUGAAAAUAAUAAUUGAAUAACAUGUAACGGGACCAUUUGGCAACCAUUUUUGUUCUGAAUCACGUAGUUAUCGAGGGACGAAACAUGGAGAGUCAGAGUGGCAGUGAUGAUGAUAAUGCUGGGUCUGGUUCAGACCACGAAGGAAAUAGACAUUCUGGUUCAGAAGCAGGUUCUCCAGCUGGCAGUGGAUCUGGAUCAGGUUCAGAUAGUGAGGCAGGCAGUCCAGUUCGAAGCGGUAGUGAUAAGAGCCGGUCACCAAGUCCGACGGCUGGUUCUCCAGCUGUUAGUCCAGCAGGAAGCCGUCAUAGUAGUAGAGGAAGCAGUCCAGUAGGAAGUGGUGGUGGCAGUGAUCAUGAAGAUGGGAGUGGUGCUGCAAGUCCUGCUCAUAGUGGAGGUGGUAGUCCUCAACAAAGUAAUGGUGGAAGUCCAAGAGACAGUCCAGCUAGUAGUCCAAGAGGAAGUGGAAGAGGUAGUAAUGUGGGUAGUCCUGAGGCCAGUGAUAUAGGCACACCUGCGGGAAGCAAUGCUGGUAGUCCUGCAAGGAGUGCUGCUGGUAGUCCAGUUGCCAGUAGAGAUGGUAGUCCAGCAGGCAGUGAAGGUGGUAGUCAUAGAGGUAGUCCAGCACAGAGUGGUGGUGGAAGUCCCGCCAGUAGUGGAGGUAGAAGUCCCACUGGCAGUGGAGGUGGAAGUCCAGCAGUCAGUGGCAGUGAAAGUCCAGCAGGCAGUGGUGGUGGAAGUCCUGCAGGCAGUGGCGGUGGAAGUCCAGCAGGCAGUGGCGGUGGAAGUCCAGCAGGCAGUGGCGGUGGCAGUCCAGCAGGCAGUGGCGGUGGAAGUCCAGCAGGCAGUGGCGGAAGUGCAGCAGGCAGUGACGGUGGAAGUCCAGCUGGCAGUGGCGGUGGAAGUCCUGCAGGUAGUGGUGUGGUUGGCAGCCCUGUAGGUAGUGAAAGAGGAAGUCCAGUGGGCAGAAUUAGCCCUGCUGUAAGUGGUGGGGGUAGCCCAAAGGAAAGUAAAAUGCCUGACAGAAGUCGCUCCAACAGUCCUGAUGGAAGUCGUGGUGGGAGUCCUCAUUCAGUUAGAAGUGGUUCAAAAAGUCUUGCAAGGAGUGGGCACAAUAGUGCUGAAGGAAGUAAUAGAGGGAGUCGACCAGGAUCACCAAUGGAUGAAGGAAAAAGGAGUAGAUCGCCUAGUCCAGCUGGAAGUAACCAGUCAAAAGGUAGUAGAGGGUCUCCUAAAGAUGUACAUAUGGCUAGUGAUAAAGAUGGCGAAGGAAGUGGAUCAGAUAAAGAAGUUAAGAAAAGAAAAAAUGCCAUUAUGAGUGAUGAAGAUAGUGAUGAAGAGGUGGGAAAAAAAGUACAUGGUUCUGAUGAUAAUAUGGAAGCAACAAUGGGUGAUUUGUUUGGUGAUGCUGAUGAUAUUAGUUCUGAUGAAGAUGAUAAAGAGAAGAAAGGGAAUGAUGAAUCUCAAAUACAGCAUCCACGUUUUGAUGACGAUGAGGAUGAGCAGAAUCAACAAGAAGAAGAAAUACCUGAAACCAGAAUAGAAGUUGAAAUACCACGUAUUGUUACAGAUUUAGGCAAAGCUGUACAUUAUGCAAAAUUACCUAAUUUCCUUAGUGUAGAAACAAGACCGUAUGAUUCUGCAACAUAUGAAGAUGAAAUAGACGAAGAUGAAGUAUUGGAUGAAGAAGGUAGAGCUCGUAUGAAGUUAAAGGUAGAAAAUACAAUAAGAUGGAGAAAUAAGAAAGAUGAAGAUGGAACUGAUGUAUUAGAUGAUAAUCUUAAUCCAAUUAGAGAAAGUAAUGCCAAGAUGGUUAAAUGGUCAGAUGGCAGCAUGUCUCUACAUCUAGGAGAUGAAGUAUUUGAUGUUUAUGCUAUGCCUCUACAAGGCGAUUUUAAUCAUUUAUUCGUACGGCAAGGUACUGGUUUACAAGGUCAAUCUGUAUUUAAAACAAAACUAGCUUUUAGACCUCAUUCCACAGAAUCAUUUACACAUCGUAAAAUGACCAUGUCGUUAGCUGAUAGAUCUAAUAAAACACAGAAAGUUAAAAUGUUACCUAUCACAGGUCAUGAUCCAGAACAAAACAGAUCAGAAAUGAUUAAGAAAGAAGAAGAAAGAUUAAGAGCAUCUAUAAGAAGAGAAAGUCAACAGAGACGUAUGAGAGAACGUGCACAUGCUCGUGGUAUGAAUGCUAAUUAUUUAGAAGGUGGUUAUGAUGAUGAGGAUGAUGAUGAAGAAAUGUCUAUAGCUGCUAUCAAAAAGAAAUAUAAAGAUGGUGUUAAUCAAAGAAUGAAAGAGAGACCUAACAUCUAUAGUUCUGAUAGCGAAGAUGCUUAUGAGACUGAUAAUGAGGAUUUACAAGCUAAAAAACUAAAUAAAGCCAAAAAAUUAGACAGUGAUGAGGAUUCUGGAUCAGAUACCGGACCUCGUAGAAAGAAAGCUCGAGUUGUGAGUGAUGACGAAGAGGAAGAAGGUGGAGGUGCUAGUGGGGUUGGGGGAAAUGGUAGUGAUACAGGAGGAGGGGGUACAGGAAUUGAUGUGGAGAGUGAUUAGACCAUGCAAAAAUAUGUAUAUAAAGUAUGACAUUUAGAUAAGAUAUGUUGUAAAUAUCAUGUGACACAUCUCAUUAUCCAAAUUCUUAUUUUUUAAAAUGGGAAAUAAAACUACAACAAAUCUUA